AUGAAAAUGAUUAGUGAAUCUAAGCAUACAAUUCAUGCCAAUUGUGUUAAGUUUCAAAAAAGUGAUCUCAAGUCUAAAUUUAAUGUCAAGGCUCUGAGACGUCCCUACGAUAGCAUCAAUUCCUGGGGUCCGACAUAUGGCGAGCACAAGAGGUUUCUUGAGUUAACAGACGAACAGUUCCUUUACUUAAAAGAUUACGCCAAAAAUGAGGACAUUUUGUUCACUGCAUCUGCAAUGGACAGCAAGUCAUUGGAGUUUUUGGCGCAAAUAGAUGUGCCGUUCAUUAAGAUCGGGAGCGGAGACGUCGAUAACUAUCCGAUGCUUGAAAAGGCCGCCAAAUAUGACAAACCGUUGUUUGUAUCGACGGGAAUGCAUGACUUGGGAGUGGUUAAGACUGUCUACAACUUAAUCACACCAAUCAAUAAGAGAUUGUGUCUCUUGCACUGCGUGUCUGCAUAUCCGACGCCCUUUCAAGACAUUAAUCUCCAAGUGAUUACUGAUUACAAGAAUUUAUUUCCGUCGGCAGUCAUCGGAUACAGCGGUCAUGAGUUAGGAACUGAAGUUAGUGUAGGAGCCGUUGCUUUGGGCGCCAAAGUGUUGGAAAGACAUCUAACUUUAGAUAAGACUAUGAAAGGGACGGACCACUCGUGCUCUUUAGAGCCUCAAGAAUUCGCACAAAUGGUUACUCAGAUCAGGAACUUAGAGCUGGCGCUCACACCACACAGACCUAAGUGUAGACAGGAGUCUGAGUGGAGUUGUUAUCGAAAACUCGGCAAAUCUAUUGUCGCCAAACAGUUCCUAUCGAAGGGAACGGUUUUGUCAUUAGAUUUAAUUGAUAUCAAAGUCGCCGAACCUUUCGGUAUAAAUGCAAGUAAAGUGUUUGACAUAUUGGGUCUCAGAGUUAAUAAAGACAUCGGAUUUGAUGAAAGCAUUCAAUUUGACGAUUUGUGUCAAACAGACUAA